AAGGUACGAUGGAGCCGCUGUGCGUUAAUACCAGCCACGGCUGUCACCUUAUGAGAACGGCUUGAGAAGGAAAAAAAAUAAAAAUAAAAAAAAUCCGCUGACGGAUGAUGUGGCGCGGUGAACUAUAUCGUGCGAAGGCGGAGUGAUUCGAGUAGCGGGCCGCGGAGGGAUACGCGUCGUCGCUCGUUCGUUGACUCUCGCAGGGGAAGCCAUGAUGGGUGCUUGAGCGUGCAGCAGCAGCAGCAGCAGCGGUGGUGGAGACAUGAGACGCGGCAGGCGGGCUCCUGCACCGACCACACCGGUCCAUCUUGCACCGGCUGCGUGAACAUCUGGAGAGCUGCUACGGGAAUCGAGCGAGUAACGGAAAUACGGCGCGGCGCACCGGACACCCAGCUUUCCCCUCUGGAUCACGACACCGAGCCGGGCUAGGGUGGAGGGGAGAGCCGGGAAGGACUUGUGUACCCAGAACGGCCGGAGAGACUAGCAGGAGACCCCCGGGGCUUUAUACUUGGAACCGCUGUGAGGAAGUAGGCCGCAUCCCCCCUACGGUACUUGUCGUGCCGUCCCUCCGGCCAUACUCUGGCCUCCCCCGGCAGCCCCCGGAGCAGCAGCAGGAGGAGGAGAAGGGGGCGGAGAGGGGACCUAAACGGCCGGGGAGAGGAGGCAGACCACGGAGCCGGGGCUGCUGCUGCCCCCCACCAGCAGCACCUCUCGGCCCCCCUCUCCUCCUUCUUCCCCACCCCCAGGCUCCCCGACAUGACUGCCAUCAUCAAGGAGUUCGUCAGCAGGAACAAAAGGCGAUACCAGGAGGAUGGAUUCGACUUGGACUUGACCUAUAUUUAUCCUAAUAUAAUUGCCAUGGGGUUUCCGGCAGAAAGACUUGAAGGUGUAUACAGAAACAAUAUAGAUGAUGUUGUAAGGUUUUUGGACUCCAAGCAUAAAAACCAUUACAAGAUCUACAAUCUAUGUGCUGAAAGACAUUAUGAUACCAACAAAUUUAGCUGCAGAGUUGCACAGUAUCCUUUUGAAGACCACAAUCCACCACAGUUAGAACUAAUCAAACCAUUUUGUGAAGAUCUUGACCAAUGGCUAAGUGAAAAUGACAAUGUAGCAGCAAUCCACUGUAAAGCUGGCAAAGGACGUACAGGAGUUAUGAUCUGUGCUUAUUUGCUACAUCGAGGCAAGUUUAUCAAGGCACAAGAAGCAUUAGAUUUUUACGGAGAAGUACGGACCCGGGACAAAAAGGGUGUGACAAUUCCCAGCCAAAGGCGCUAUGUCUAUUACUACAGCUACUUGUUAAAAAAAAAUUUGGAUUAUCGACCAGUGGCCCUGCUGUUUCACAAGAUGAUGUUUGAAACGAUUCCAAUGUUCAGUGGAGGCACUUGCAAUCCCCAGUUUGUCAUCUAUCAGCUGAAGGUUAAGAUCUUUACAUCCUCCACAGGACCCACAAGGCGCGAGGAGAAGUACAUGUAUUUUGAUUUCCCACAGCCUCUUCCUGUUUGUGGGGACAUAAAGGUUGAGUUUUUCCACAAACAGAACAAGAUGAUGAAAAAGGAAAAGAUGUUUCAUUUUUGGGUAAACACCUUCUUUGUACCCGGUCCGGAUGAACAUUCAGAAAAAGUAGAGAAUGGAUCAUUACUUGGCGAACAAGAACUUGAUGGUAUAUAUAGUACGGAACGUUCAGACAAUGACAAGGAAUAUCUUACCCUCACAUUAACGAAAAACGACCUAGAUAAAGCUAACAAAGACAAGGCCAACAGAUACUUCUCACCAAACUUCAAAGUGAAGCUAUUUUUCACAAAAACAGUAGAAGAAUCUUCAAAUUCAGAGGCUAGCAGCUCCACUUCUGUGACACCGGAUGUUAGUGACAAUGAACCUGAUCAUUACCGAUAUUCUGACACCACUGACUCUGACCCAGAGAAUGAACCUUUUGAUGAAGAUCAGAUUACACAGAUUACAAAAGUCUGAAUAUUUUCCUUAAUUUUUCCUUUUUUUUUUUUUUGUUUUUUUUUUGUUUUUUUAUCGAGGGAAUUAAAACCACAGAAAAGACAAACUUGAAUAAACUGAAAAGGACCUUUUUAAAUGGCAUUGUCAGCCUAACAUAGGAGCAAUUUAUUUUCUUUCCUUGACCAAUAUUGUUUUGCCCCACCGGGUUUUUGGCACUGCUGUCCAGUGAAAUAAAAAAGAAAAAGAAAAGAGGAAAAAAAAAACUGUAAAAUUGAAGAAAAGGUUACGUAGCAUUGUUAUGUAAAUAUCCUUUUCGUGUCAAAACGACAUUUAAAUCUUAAAAUUAGGAUAAAUAAAGAUGGCACUUUCCCAUUUUA